AUGGCCUUCCACUCGAUCUGCCUGAUCGGCGCCUCAGGCAACCUCGGCACCCUCAUCCUCAAACACCUGCUCGCCUCGCCGCAGAAAUUCCAGAUCAAAGUCCUCUCCCGGCAAUCCUCAACGGCCACCUUCCCGGACUCGGUCACGGUGACCCGCGUCCCGGACGACUACCCAGCCGAGCAACUCGAGCAGGCCUUUCGGGGCGUGGACGUGGUCGUGGCCGCGGUCUCCAUGCUCGGCAUGGGCGAGCAGUACAAAUUCAUCGACGCCUGCGUGGCCGCCAACGUGAAACGGUACUUCCCCACGGAAUUCGGCCUGGACGACCUGCCGGACUGGCUGCUGCAGCUGCGCGAGAUGUUCAAGAUCAAGCACGACGUGCGCGACUACUGCGUCGCCCGGGAGAGCGCGGGCCUCGAGUGGACGAGUGUCUGCUGCAACGCGUUUUUCGAAAUGGGCGUCGCCUCGGGCUUCUUCCAGCUGCAUUGGCAGGAGAAGAAGGCCGUGCUGCUGGACGGCGGGGACGCCAAGUUCGUGGCCACGACGCUCGAUACCGUCGCCAUCGCGGUCGUGCGCGCCAUCGAGAGGCCCGACGUGUCCCGGAACAGGAUCCUGCUGGUGCAGGACUUUAGGACGAGCCAGCGCCAGAUUCUGGAUGCCGUGCAGCAGCGCGUGCCGGGCUGGGAGGUGCAGAGUGUGGAGAGCGGGCCGUGGUUGGAGAGUGGGAAGGAAGCCGUCCGAAAGGGCGACAAUAGUCAGUUGCCCAAGUUGACGUUUGGGACCUUCGGGCAGGGGAAUCAGUAUGAGGGACGGCCGGAAUACGCAAACGACGUCUUGGAGCUCCCCACAAAGUCGUUCUCAGAGGCCAUGGAUAUGUUCUGGGACGAGUACAAGGGGCUUGUGAAUGCCUAG